AUGUGCAGCCCGGUGGAGCGGCGCCUGGCCGGGCUGCGGGAGCUGCUGCAGGGGCCCGGGCUCGAGUCGCUGCUGGACGUGCUGUUGUGCCUGUAUCGGGAGUGCAGCGGCGCCCCCCUGCGGCGGGAGCGCAGCGUGCAGCAGUUCCUGGAGUGGGCCACCCCAUUUGUCACCAAGGUGAAAGAGAUGUGCCUGCGCCGGGAGGACUUUGAGCUUCUGAAGGUCAUCGGGCGAGGGGCCUUUGGUGAGGUGGCAGUGGUGAGGCUGCGGAACAGUGAGAAGGUUUAUGCCAUGAAGAUACUGCACAAGUGGGAGAUGCUGAAGAGAGCAGAGACAGCCUGCUUCCGGGAAGAGAGGGACGUACUGGUGAAAGGGGACAGCCAGUGGAUCACUGCCCUGCACUACGCUUUCCAGGAUGAGCAGUACCUGUAUCUGGUGAUGGAUUAUUACGUGGGUGGGGACCUGCUGACCUUGCUGAGCAAGUUCGAGGACCGGCUGCCGGAGGACAUGGCCUGCUUCUACCUGGCCGAGAUGGUCCUGGCCAUUCACUCCAUCCACCAGCUGCAAUACGUGCACAGGGACAUCAAGCCAGAUAAUAUCCUGAUCGACAUGAAUGGGCACAUCCGCUUGGCCGACUUUGGCUCCUGUCUUCGACUGCGACCAGAUGGGACGGUGGAGUCUGCGGUGGCAGUGGGGACCCCUGACUACAUUUCCCCUGAGAUCCUGCAGGCCAUGGAGGACGGAAAGGGGAAGUACGGUCCUGAGUGCGACUGGUGGUCCCUGGGCGUCUGCAUGUACGAGCUGCUCUUCGGGGAGACACCCUUCUAUGCCGAGUCCCUGGUGGAGACCUAUGGCAAGAUCAUGAACCAUGAGAACCACCUGCAGUUCCCCACUGACAUCACGGACGUGUCGGAGGCAGCCAAGGACCUGAUCCAGGGGCUUCUGUGCCGCCAGGAGCUGCGACUGGGCCAGAACGGCAUUGAGGACUUCAAGCGGCACCCCUUCUUUGAGGGCAUCGACUGGAACAACAUCCGAGCCAGCACGCCCCCCUACGUGCCCGAGGUCAACAGCCCUGCAGACACCUCCAACUUUGAUGUGGACGAUGACACGCUCAAGGAGUUGGAGACGCUGCCCCCUGUUUCUCAUAGUGCGUUUACUGGCCACCAUCUCCCCUUUGUGGGGUUCACCUUCACCUCCGGCUGCCCAGUCUCCGAGCAGAAGCCCCCAUCCCCUUCCACAUCACCUGCCAUGGCCCAGCUGGAGAAGAAGAUCCGGAACCUCGAGAAGGAGAAGCUGGAGCUGGCCCGGAAACUUCAAGAGAACCAGUCGGAAGCCGAAGACAUGAUAAAGCAGCGGCUGGAGGGGGAGGCAUCUGGGCAGGUGAAAAUCCUGGAGAAGCAACUGAAAUUGCUCAGACAGGAGAGGAACGAGGCCCGUAAGGAAUUGUCGGAGGCCCAAGAGCGGCUGAAGGCCCAGAGCCAGGAGCUGCAGGAGCUCCUGGGCAGGCAGAAGCAAACGGCGGAGGAACUCCGCUGCACUGAGGCCAAGUGCGGGGACCUGCAGGCCCAGCUACUCCGGCAUGUGCGCCAGCUGCGGGAACGUCAGGAGGAGACCGAGGCAGCUGCCCGGCGUGUGGAUGGCCUGCGCAAGGAGCUGGCCCGCGUGGAGACUGGGCGCAAGGAGCUGGAGUCUCGGAUCAAAGGUCUCUCCAGCGAAGUGUCCAAGCAGCAGAAGCUGAAGGAAAGAAGUGAGCUGCAGGCGAGGAAGAUGAGGCAGGAGCUGGAGGGGCUGAAGGCGAAGCAUGGCACAGCCUCUCUGGACUCAGCCGGCCCCAACCACACCAAGGACCCCACACUCCUGCGAGGGGACCUGCAGCCCAAGGGGGAGCGGAGGAGCCUGCGUGAGCCACUGCAGCAGAGGGAGAGCCAGCAGGGGGUGCUGCAGGGUGAGCUUGUCCCACUGCACGGAAAACUGGAGAAAGCCAGGAAGGAGAGUUUAAGGGAACAUAAGGAGCUGAAAGACCAGAACGAACGGGAGAGGACUUUGCUGCAGGAAGAGAACAGUAAAUUCGCCCAGGAACAGGAGAGGCUCCUAGGCCAGGUGGAGAAGCUAAAUACAACCAACAGGCAGCUAGAGCAGGAGCUGCGCUCACUGGAGGACCGGAGAGAAACAGUCACUAACUGGGAGGCCCAGAUCUCUGACAUUCUGAAGUGGGUCAGUGACGAGAAGGAGUCCAGGGGCUAUCUCCAGGCUCUGGCCACCCGGAUGACCGAGGAGCUGGAAUCCCUGAAACACAUCAGCACAAAAACCUCAGACGCCAGAAGCCCAGACAAUCACUGGAAGGCCAGGCGCCUGCAGAAGAUGGAGGCCUCGGCCAAGCUGGAGCUGCAGUCAGCGCUGGAAGCCGAGAUCCGGGCCAAGCAGGGUGUCCAGGAGGAGCUGACUGAGAUGAAGGCUGCACACCUGGCCACCGAGCGGAAAUUGCAAGAGGCCGAGGCGCAGAACCGGGCCCUGCAGCUGGAGCUGGAGAAGCUGAAGGAGGAGCUGAAGGUCAGGUCUGUGGAAGGCACAAAACAACAGGGGCCACUAAUUCCCUUCCUAUCGUUCUGGAGUGCGGAGAAGGAUGCGAUCAGUUUUGGGAGCCCCCCAGACACGCAGGAGAAUCGGAGAUCGGCCGAGGAGGCCCAGCUGCGCCCAGAAGGGAGACGAAGCCUCCGAGCCAACCUGGCUUUGAGCAAACCCCCAGCACAGGUAGCCGUUGCUGCAGAAGGAAGCAGCUCAGGUGCACUCAAGCCAAAAUCUCAUAGCUUCAAGAUGCGGAGCUUCGCUGUGCCCACCAAAUGCAUGCGCUGCACCGCACUCAUGGUGGGGCUGCUGCGCCAGGGCUACGCCUGUGAGGCUUGUAACUACGUCUGCCAUGUGUCCUGCGCUGGGGGCAUGGCCAUCUGCCCCACAACCCCUGAACAGCUCCGGAAAACCAUGGGGGUCAAUCCGGUUACUGGGACAGGCACAGCAUUUGAGGGGUAUCUGUCGGUGCCGAAGCCGGCGGGGGUGAAGAAGGGCUGGCAAAGGGCAUUCGCCAUGGUCAGCGACUUCAAGCUCUUCCUUUACGACGUGCCAGAAGGCCGGGGCUCCCAGUGCGGUGUCAAUGUCAUGCAGGUCAUGGAUAUGAGGGACGAACAGUUCUCGGUGACGUCGGUUCUGGCCUCGGAUGUCAUCCACGCCAGCAACAAGGACGUGCCCUGCAUAUUCCGGAUCACAUCCUCCCAGUUGGCCACGCCUCCCACCACCAGCUCCCUGCUGCUCCUUGCUGACAGUGAGGCUGAGAUGAAGCAGUGGGUGCAGGUGCUGGUGGAGCUGCACCGGAUCCUGCAGGAGAACCGGCACCACGACCGCUCCGUCUAUAUCCUCAAGGAAGCCUAUGACAAUGGCCUGCCACUAAUACCACAGGCCCUCUCCGCUGCUGUCAUUGACCGGGAGCGAAUCGCGCUGGGAACCGAAGAGGGGCUGUUUGUGAUUCACCUGCACACCAAUGAGGUGCUCCAGCUGGGCGACUGCCGGCGGGUCCAGCUGCUCCUUGUCUCCCCCCAGGCCCAGGUACUUUCAGUCCUGUGCGGCAAGAACCACAGCGUGCGCUUCUUCUCCUGGGUCGAGCUGGAGACACCAGAGUCCCCAGGGACCAAGAUCACCGAGACCAAGAACUGCCAGACCAUGGUGUCAGGGCUGAUCUGUCGGGGAACCACCUCCGUGCUGUGCGUGGCCUCCAAGCGCCAGGUGCUGUGCUACCAGCUCACCCACUCCCGGCCCCACUCCCGGCGCAUCAAGGAGAUCCAGGCCCAGGGCUACGUGCAGUGCUUGGACAUCAUGGGUGACCGGCUCUGCAUAGGCUACCCCUCGGGCUUCUCCCUCUACCCCCUGCUGAAUGAGGGGGCACCCGUCCACCUGCCCCACCCCGAGGAUCCCCGUGGAGCAGCUGUGGCCCAGAUGGAGGCCCUGCGGGCCGUGGAGGUCAGCCUGAAUGAGCUGAUCCUGUGCUUCAGUGGGCUGGGGCUCUACGUGGAUGGGCAGGGCCGGAGAACGCGGCAACAGGAGCUGAUGUGGCCGGCAACCCCCCUGAGCUGCUGCUACAGCGCCCCUUACCUGAGUGUGUUCAGUGAGAACGCCCUGGAUGUGUUUGAUGUGCGGAAGGCUGAAUGGAUACAGACAGUCCCUCUGAAGAAGGUGCGGUCCCUGAACUCCGAGGGCUCCCUCUGCACCUACGGCAGCGAGAAGGUGCGCCUGACCUAUCUCAGGAACAAGUCUGCAGACCAGGAUGAAUUCAAUGUUCCCGAGACCACAGACAACACCCGGCGGCAGCUGGUGAGGACCAAGAACAAGCGGAAAUUCUCCUUCCGUAUAUCAGCAGAGGAGUGGCAGCAGCAGAGGAGGGAGAUGAUGCGAGACCCCAAUGUGAGGUCAAAACUCAUUUCCAGCCCAACCAACUUUAACCACCUGGUGCACGUGGGGCCGGGCGACGGGCAGCACCGGCUGCAGGACCUGCCUACGGCCCAGGAGGAGAAAAGACGGGAGUCACAGGCCAAGCUGCGUCGACGCAGCUUCACCAAGACCCGGCACCCAUCGUCCUCGGGCAGCGACACCGCCCUGAGGGACUCUGCAUCUGCGAAGCGUAAGUCGGGCAGCUCCAUCUCUGAUGACUCCUUCACCUCCCCACAGGGCCUGUUCACAGGCACUGACAUGCUGACGGAGAUCUCGGAUCAGACCCGCAGUCUCCACCUCUCUGUCAGCUCCAGCCAGGGGAGCUCCAGUUCUUAAGUGGCAGGACCGAUGCCACAAACCAGCCCCUCCUGCACAUGAUAAUCUGUGUAUUUUAGCUGGAGACGUCACUGCAAGGUGCUGUAAUGCUGCUGCUGCUGCCAUCAGUGGAACAUUCCCCUCGCUGAGGCUGUGCUCUGCAACUGGGGAAUUUGUCCAUCCUGUAUUGAAAUACAUAAAUGUUGGUACCAAAAUAUCUCCACCUAUCUCUCCGCCCCCCAUGCACCACCCAAAAAACCUUUGCCCCAGGACAUACCACUUACUGUCUCUAAGACACCCCUGUAGAGAGGAAGCUAAGUGUUAAAAGAAGUGAAGAAAGAUCCCCCUCACACAUGCAUGCUUUCACCAGAGAGAAUAGCGCCUCCUUGCUUCCAUUCCAGUCUUUGCCUCUGGAUAGCGCAAUGGGAUGAUGCCCCAAGUGGUGAAAAGCCUGAAAGGAAGCAGGUGAAGGUACACCCUAACUUACCUGGGGAGUUGGAGCUGCAUUGCCUGAAGAGCACACCCUGCUGGCCAUGGCUGGUACUACUGCAGUACUUGGAACCACUAGAGCAGAAAGCAUCAAAGAUCGUGGUGGGGGGUGUUGCAUCUCCCAGAAAUCGCCAAAUUCUAGCAGCCAGCUGAAUCAGGGAUGGAUUCUGCUUUGUUUUUACUGCUGUUUAACAGAAAUGAGUCCAGCUUGGGCCAGAUUCUCAUCUCAAAUUAUCAGCUGUAUCGAUCCAUUGGCAUAAAUCUGGUUUCAAUCUGGAUCGUCUUGUGCCACUGUAUAUCCAGGGUUCUUUUUGAACUACUCAGGGAUUGGGUUGCUUUGCUGAAUGGUGAAUGUUAAUCCUGGUUGUAUUUCCUUCAGUGUUUCCUUAAACUUUGCCAUAGUUCUGCAAGAACCAAGAGAUGCUGAAACCAAAGAUUAUCUAUUUCCAUUCAAAGGGGAGAGAAUCCUUCCAGGAAUUCAAUUUCUAGAGGACACUUAUUUAAAGAUACAGGGUGGGUCAAAGACCGGAUUUAUUUAGGAAGCAAAUGUGUAAAUAAUUGGACAACUGCACCAUUAAAUGCUGUGCAAA